GUGGUGCAUAGGAAUGUCUGCACAUAUUCUGAGUCAGGCCGGAUGGAUAAUAAGACCAUGCAGAGUGGUGGAGGAUUAAUAAGCCUUAACAAGCUGCCAAUGAGUGAGUGAUGGUUUAAGCACCAUCCACCAUCAAUCUUAAUCACAUUCUUUUGCUGCACCAUCAAUAUUUAUUUAUUCUCUCGUCUUCUCCUUCCCACAAAGUAAGCAUCAUAAAGUCGGCUCCUUUCAGCCGAGUCGGCAGACAGACACAAUUCACAAUGUGGUAAUAUUUCUUUGAACACUUCUUAAAUGCGGAUGGGACGAGUCUUCCAUUAUUAUGCGGGUUUUUAGGAAGGUUGAGUGACAGGAUUUGGGCCAAGUGGCAAAAACAGAAACCAUAAGAACAAGAAAGAACACCCGAUCCACAUGAAGAACAGAAACAUGGCUGCGAUAUGGAUAUGACAAAUGGCAUCCCUUUUAAGUAAUGCACAAGCCCCAUAUACACACUUAUGUACAAACCCCCAGCUCAGUUAGGGAGACGAAAAAUUCAUAUGAAAAUGUGCACAACUACAUAGAUUUUCAGAAAUGCUGAUUUUCUAAUGCACGCAUUGCAAGCAUAUAUGUACAUAAGCUCUAAACACAUUUCGUUUUUACCUUCAAAUUUCUACAAAAUAGGCUAUAAAAUGUAUUAAAAUCAUAUCUCCUACCUUCCAGAAACUGAGUCUCAAAAUUUCCAUUUCAUGUGACGUAAAUGGACACUAAAAUUAGCGGUGAAAGUACGCGUAUUUCUUCCAAUUGCAGAUUUUUCCACGAAUUUAACUACUUAAAAUGAGAAUGAGAUCACAUAUUUUUCAUAUCUUUUGUCUCUCGCUUAGUUUGUUUUCCCUUGAACAGCCUUAACAACAAACUCGGUCAACAUUAAUUACACAAAAUUAAUGUAACCCGAAUACUUACUCAUGCAUCGUGCAUACAUACAUAUGCAUGGGAAAAUAAUAAUCUUUAAUUUCUCGAGCAAGUGCAAAUGUUGCCACACAGCAAGCAUUUAUGUAACCAUAUACAAAUACACUGGACGACCAUGACUGUAAAUUAAUAGUAUAUCAUCACUGCCAUCACCACCUCGGCGUAUGGUAUAAUAAGCUUCGGCUAAUUUUAAACUCGUUUCCAAUCAAGCGAGCCUGCAUUCCGACGAUUCUUUUCCUUUCAUGAAACUUUGUUUCUCCGAGCUCAUUCUUUGUUCGUCCUUUGAGCUGUUUGCUCGGUGAAACUUUUCAGUUCAAGCUUGGAGAAAGUUCAAAACUAAAAAUCACAUCAAAAUGGACGCGAUUAAGAAGAAAAUGCAGGCCAUCAAGCAGGAAAAGGACCUGGCGAUGGAUCGUGCCGACGCUAUGGAGCAGACCUCGAGAGACGCUAACGCUCGUGCGGACAGGGCGCAGGACGAGGUCGACUCCUUAAAAAAGCGGACGAUUCAGAUCGAACAGGAAUUUGAGGUCACAAAGGUCGCAUUGGAAACGGCUACACAGAAUUUGGAUACGAAAGAGAAGAAUUUGCUGCAUGCUGAAUCAGAAAUGGCCUCCCUCGGUCGCAAAGUGCAAGGAAUUGAGGAAACUUUCGAAACGACUGAGGAAUCUUUAAAACAGGCCGAACUCAAGCUGGAAACCACCGCCCAACUCCACGACGAUUCCGAACGUAUGUGUAAAGUGCUCGAAAAUCGUGGCGUAAUGGACGAAGAAAGAACCAAGGACUUGGACGCCAAGUUGAAAGAAGCUACCGGUCUGGCAGAAGAGGCGGAUCGAAAAUACGACGAAGUUGCACAGAAAUUAGCCGCGGUGGAGACGGACGUCGAAAUGGCAGAAGAUCGCGUUCAAUCCGGUGAUGCAAAAAUCCUCGAGCUUGAGGAAGAAUUAAAAGUUGUGGGAAACAAUCUCAAAUCCUUAGAAGUCAGUGAGGAGAAAGCAAACCAAAGAGAAUUGGAUUACAAGAGACAAAUUAAAGCUCUCAGUGCGAGAUUAAAAGAUUCCGAAGCUCGAGCCCAGUUUGCAGAAAACACGGUGCAAAAAUUGCAAAAGGAGGUGGACCGAGUAGAAGGGGAACUUACUAACGAACAAGAAAAAUACAAAAGCAUCAUUGGAGAGUUGGAUGCCACUUAUUCAGAAAUGACAGGAUAUUAGAUUCUCAUGUUUAGCUUUAGUCAACCCGGACCUUGCCAUGAAUAAAGUGUAUCCUCAAGUCAAUUAAAUUGUGAACAUAAUAAAAAUUCCAGUCGGAGUAAUUAAUUUAUCAGUA